AUGGCUACAUCACCAUUAAUCAAAGUUAGCUUUCUUGGUCUUGGUAGUAUGGGUAAUGCAAUGGCAAAAAAUAUUCUGAAUAAAGGCUUUCAACUUACUGUUUGGAAUCGUACAAGUGCAAAAGCAAAUGAUUUAAAAGAUGCUGGUGCACAUCUAGCAGUAAAUCUUCGUGAAGCUGUUGCAAAUGCUGAUGUGAUUAUCAGUUGUCUAUUCGAUGAUAAGUCAUGUUUGGAAGCAGCUCAAGGAGAAAAUGGAUAUCUUAUGGGAAUUCAAAAAAAUGCCGUACAUGUCAAUACUACAACUAUUAGUCCAAAUGCUGCUACUCAGCUGGAAGAAUUACACAAACAACAUGGAGCUUUUUACAUUGCAGGACCUGUUUUCGGACGUCCAGAUGUCGCAACUAAAGGACAGCUGAGAAGUUUCUUAGGUGGUAAUCAUGAUGCCAUUGAACGUGCUCGAGCUGUCAUUGAAACAUAUUCUGGGGGAGCAACGAUUAUUGUUGGCGAUAGUCCUGCACAAGCAAAUGUGAUCAAAUUAACAGGAAAUAUGGUUCUUGCUGCAAAUAUUUCACUCUUCGGUCAAGUAUAUGCAUUCAAUGAACGUUGGGGCAUUGAUCAUAAUAUCACUCAUCAAAUACUUGGCACUUUCUAUUCACAUCCAAGUCUACUGGCCUAUGAAGCUCGUGUUCGAGAUCGAAAUUAUGAACGGUCACCGGGAGAAGGCUUUGGAGUCGAAGGAGGUUUAAAAGAUGUCAAUACAAUGUUAAACGCAGGUGAUCAAGUUGGUGUUCCUCUUCCAUUUUGUAGUGUUAUGAGAGAGCAGAUGGUUACAGCAAUGGGAAACGGAUUGAAAGAUAUGGAUUGGUCAGUAGUAGGUGAUGUCGCGAGACUCAACGCUGGAUUACCUUUGGAAAGUCAGAAAAAGAAAUGA